AUGUCUGCCAGGCGCCAUCAUUCUUUUACUUUGGUCGUAUUUGGCGGCAGUAUCGUUGACCCUUACCUGGCUACUGAUUUUGUCAUGGUCUCAAAAAAGUUCAUGGCUGAUGGACUCGACCCUACCUGUCUAUCCGGGACGCAUCUCCGCCUCAUCACCGAUAUGUCAGGUCCCUUCUUAUUUGGCCGCGAUGACCUGCGGUCGCUGUCCCAGAUCUACGAUAGCUCCGAGGCUGCAAAUCCCUUUUACCGCAUCGCUGGGCCAGGCGGUUUGAAGCGCGAGAUACUCAACUGGGUCCGCAAUGUCUCUACUCGCGUGGUCUCUGGCGACCGAGUCAUCAUCAUUUUCAUGGCGCAAGGUCUCCAAAGAUCGGAUAUUAUUCUCAACUCGCAGAUCGGUACCGAGUAUCUUACCAGAGCGGAAGUCACCACGGCACUUGCAAUCUUGCCCCAGGGCAUUCGGGUUCUCCUUGCUAACGAGGCUUGCUACUCUGGGUCCUGGGCAACGAUCGCCGCAGAUACUGACUCUGGCCGUGAUGCUGCGGUCGCGACUGCCGGGUCAAUUGGGGAACAAUCGUAUAACUACCGCUCCGCAUCCGGCAGAUACCGCUGCUCCUUGUUCGCAGCAGCAUUCAUCGAAGAGCUGACAACCCAUGCCGAGGGCCGUAUUGACCGGCACUAUACCAGGAUAAGGGAAGAGAUGAGUCACGUCUCACCCAACCAGGACAGCUGCACCCUUCUAUUGGUUCCAUCGAGCAGAAGUCUGUGGUCUCACAAUAUAGCCCACUUCGUCCUGACUCCAAAUAUCGCAACCGCUAUCGCGAACCUACCAUCGGACCAGAGCCGCCAUGAAUUGCUUCUCCAAUCGCGCUCCCAGGCGCAGACAUUCUGGGCCAGGCACCGAUCCAUUCGAUUACCAGGGCAGGGGCAUGCCAACGAGGCAUCAGAGGAUUCCGAUAUGGAGCUCGGGCUCAUCCAUAGCUACCUCGAUGAACUUGGCAACGCAGCAGCGGAUCAAAAUCGCUGUACACUGGCGACCGCUUGUCAUCUUGUUGUCGAUGGCCGUGUCGGAGAGGACAUGAAACACCGCAUUGUCAACACCAUUGCGUGGCAGGAUACCCAAAUGUUACGGGUCUAUGGACUUCUCUCCCUUCUCGUUGACGAAGCGCUGAUAUCACCGCCACUUGAUGAAAGGGCUUGCAGCGAGUUGGCCAAGAAGGACUAUGAAGCUUGGUUGGAGUUGGCAUGA